GGACCUCAGUUAACCUCACUUGGAAAAUACUGGUUUUGCCAAGAUGAUCCUCAAGAACUCUUCCAAUUCAACACUCUGGGCCUUCCUCUUUCAGAAUAUGGUCCAGGCACUACCUGGACAGCAGCUUGUGAAGAACCUAGAUUCCUGGCCCCCACCGCAGACUGCUCAAUCCGAACUGAUGAAGCUGGGGCCCUGGGUCUGGAUUCACCCUCCCCCACAACGAUUCUAAAGCACAAUCAGUUGGCCCCCAUCACCACCUCCUGCCCACACCCCUGCCUGCUAUCCCCAACGCGAGUCAUCAUGCCUCACGGUCAGCAGAGUCAGUGUGGCAAGCUUGAAGGAGGCCCUCUGGCUGAAGAAGAGGCUCAGGGCCUGGUGGGUGCACAGGUUCCUGUAGCUGAGGAGGAGGCAGCCACCUCCUCUUCGCUGUCUCCUUUGAUCCAGGGCACCCCAGAGGCUGUGCCUGAUGCGGGAACCCAGAGUGUUCCCCAGAGUUCUCAGAGCGCCUGCUCCUUCAGUGCCAUUGAAGCCAUUCCAUCAAGCGCAUCAAAUGAGGGCUCCAGCAACCACGAAGAGGGUCCAAGCACCUCCCAGGCUCCCGAGUUCUUGCUUGGUGAUGUGCUAAACAGGAAGGUAGUUGAAUUGGUGCGGUUCUUGAGUGUCAAGUAUGUAACAAAGGAGCCCAUCACAGAGGAAGAAAUGCUGACGAGUGUCAUCAAAGAGCAUAAGGAUCACUUCCCUUUGAUCUUCAGCAAAGUCUGUGAGUGCCUGGAGAUUGUCUUUGGCAUUGAAGUGAAAGAAGUGGAUCCCACCAGCCACACCUAUGUGCUCGUCAAAAUACUAGACCUCACCUACGACGGGAUGCUGAGUGAUGCCCGCGGCAUGCCCAAGACCGGCCUCCUGGUACUUAUCCUGGGGAUGAUCUUCUUGGAGGGCAACCGUGCCUCCGAAGAGAAAGUCUGGGACAUGCUGAGUGUCAUCGGGGUGCAUGCUGGGCAGGAGGAUUUCAUCUACGGGGAGCCCAGGAAGCUGAUCACCGAAGAUUUGGUGAGGGAAGAGUACCUGGAGUACCGGCAGGUGCCCAACAGUGAUCCUCCCAGCUACGAGUUCCUGUGGGGGCCAAGGGCUUAUGCUGAAACCAGCAAGGUGAAAGUCCUGCAGUUUUUCGCCAAGGUCAGUGGGGCCGACUCCGCUUCCUUCCCAUCCUGGUAUGAGGAAGCCAGGAGAGAUGACGAAGAGAGAGCCCAUGUGGCUGAAGAUGAUGCUGCCAUGGCCAGUGCAAGUCCCAGCGUCACAUCCAGCAGCCUCUCCGGCCCUGAGUGA